AUGAUUACCGAUUCGGAAGCCCCAACCUACAAUUUUAACAGCGAUGAUGAAGCGCCCUGCGAGUACCUGAACGAUAUCUAUGCAAUAAGUGAAGACACCUUUUCGUUUAAAAUUAUCAAACAGUUGGGGGAGGGCUACUACAGUCCCGGAAAUGGACACAAAGUAAAAAUAAUAUACUACGAACUAGGUUCCGAGGACAACAUCGUUAGUGCUAACGUAUAUUUAGGAAAGAACGACAAACUGCCCUAUAUUUGCGAAAUUGCUGCAAAGUGUAUGAAGCCAAAUGAAGUCUGUAUCAUUCAGGCCCCAAAGCUAUUUAAAAAAACAUUUAGCAACUCAGAAAAGAAGAACAAAUAUGAUAGGAAGGAAAACUUCAGGACAGAAUUUAAAAAGGCCCUAAGAUUUAAACAGAAGUGCGUCGAAAAAUACAUAAGCUAUUCCACCGUGGCAACCUUGAAAAGAAUGAGAAUAAGUUCAAACGAUGUAAAAUUGCUAGUGCGAAAAAGGAAAUUAAACAAUACUAACCGUGAUGAAAAGAGCGAUGUGACACAAAAAAGCGCGCCAAAUGAAGAACACAAAGGAGAAGACCCUCACAAGUGCUCAGAAUCUUUGACCAUAGAAGAUAUUAACAAUGUAAGGUAUAAAUUUUUAAAAGAGGAAGAACUGUGUACAUACGUUGUGUAUUUGAAGGAAUAUAACCGAGUCGACAUUCUGAAUGAUGAUAAAACCAUAAUAAAGGAAGUCAUGCGAGAAGGGAAAGGAAUUGUUACGCCCAAAAAAAAUGAUUACAUUGAUUUUUUUAUACAAGAUGGAAAGAAGGGAGAAUUUAUUCACACCACCCUGGAGGAACAUAAUUUAAAGUACAGAGGGAUUUUCAAAAUUUUGCAAAAUAUGAAAAAAAAAGAAAUGUCCAAAAUUGUUCUUAAAGGUUUGGAAUGUCUCCACAUCUACCAAUCCGCGCAAAACACACACAUAGAAAAACAUCAGCCAAAUGGCCAGGAUAAAAAUGCAAAAGACACGCAAAAGGGUAACACUUAUGUAUGCCACGAUGACAAGCAGAAGGACAUCGUGGAAGAGACAAACUUGUCCAACCUUGAAACAAAUCAAGUGAAACAAAAUCAUGGUGAUACAAAAGAGGGAAAGGAAGUCGAUCUCCAUAUCACAGACGAAUUAUCCAAACAGAAGAAAGAAUUAAUUAUAGAAUUAGUGGACUUUAAAAAGUCCAAACGGGUUAAUUUUUCUUCAAUUAUCAACAUGAACCAAACGGAAAAGCUACUAUUUUACGUGUCCGAAGAUGGAAAAAAUAAAAGCCUAAACAAACCAAUCAUUGACACCGAUUGUGAGUUGAUAAUCCAUUUAAGUAUCAAUAAUGAUAAGGACAGCAGGGAAGGCAAAAGAAUGCAUUUGCCCAUUCAUUUAUGGAAGAACAAUGCUAGUAUUAAAAAACGAAAGGCAUUUUUUCUUUUUUCCUACGGGUCAUGCUUCACGACUCCUAUCUGGUUUUAUGAAUGCUUCAAGGGGCUAAAGGAGGGAGAUGAAGUAAUCAUUCCUUUGUCAAAAAACAGGAAUAUUUUUUCGGAGAACCAGUUUUGUUACCAUUUAAUUUUUGAGGAAACCGGUCAAGGGCAGGAAGUGCAAAACCCGCACGAUAGCAAAGGUGAAGUUGAAGAUGAUACUCAAAGGAAUAAUGGCGUACACAACCACAGAAAAAAGUCAACCCCAAAUGACAACCCUCACUUAAGAAAAAGGAUCCAUUCGGGGAGGAAAUCAUCCAAAAUAAAGGACCGACAAUUUGUCCAGCGCAUGAUUUCCAACCGAAACAAUGGAAAAGGCUUCUUUCUGAUAGAUGGCUUGAAGAAAAAUCAAGUGAAUCGUUUUUGUGAAGGUUUUUUCUCUUCGCAAACGUCCCUAAUCGAUGGAACUCACGAUGAGGCGGAAUCCACAAAAUUGCCCUUUCAUUAUAGUUCUUUCCAAAAAGUCAGGCGCAAAAAAUUUUACAAAAGUGUAGCAAACAUUCAAAAAAGGGAAAAACUUACCAUGAUGAAGCAUCAGCUGAGUAGACCACUUUACGCAGAUAGCUCGUCACAAGAGUGUAUCUCAAAAAAGGAUGAACAGAAAAGACAAAAAAAAACGGAUAAUUUUUCAUUCUUUAAAAGAACCCUAAAAAAUGUGUACUUUGAAAAAUCUUUUUACGAAAAAGAUGCCAUUUUAAAAAUAACAAUUGUUAAACUUAUUUGUAAAAAGAAAGACCCAUGGAAUAUGAACAUGUCAGAACAAAUUGAGUACCUAAAAAUUUACAACAAAAUGGGCAAUGUGUUUAUGAAAAAAAAAUUACACUAUGCAGCUUCACUUCAAUACAUAAAAGGUUUCGAUAUAUUCCGAUUUUCCAAAAUUUACAAGUUAAUUUUUGAGGAAAAGAAAAUAAAUGUGUCAAAUUUAACCAGUGAUGAAAUGGCCAAGGAGCUCCUACUGCACACGGAAAAGAUACUAACCAAUUUGGCUAUUUCUCACUACAAAUUAGGAAACUACAAUGAAUGCGUUAAAUAUGCAGAAAACGCUGCCACCAUAAAUCCAGAAAAUGUUAAAUGCAUUUAUUGGAAACAUAUGGCAUAUUUGCAGCAAAAUAAAUAUCACCAAAUCAUAAAAAAUUUGAACAAUACUUUUUGCCUCAACAAUUUAACACUGCUGAAGUUGUACAACACCGCACGCGUAAUAAAGAAGAAACAGGACGCCCAUUUUAAUUCACUUUUUUACGCCAUGUACGAUCAGAAGUGA